AUGCCGCCAUCGUCCGGGUCGGGGCGUCCACCAUGGUUCGAGCAUAUCCAAGCCGUGUCGAAAACAAACGUGGACAUUGUUGCCAUACCACCUAUUGGAGCACAUCAUCAAAGAACAUGGACUGCAGCGGGCUCAAAAACACCCUGGCUCCGGACCGAGUUGAUUCAUCGGAUGCCUAGGGCACGAAUCCUAUUGUACAACCAUGGGCACCUACAUGAACAUGACACAAUCGAGGGUCUUGGUCAACGCUUAUUGAACCUCCUUAUGGACGAGCGGAGGCAUCACAGUAGUCGUCGGCCACUAUUCUUCCUCUCCCAUAGCACAGGAGGCCUCGUGGCGAAGGCGUGUUUGUCUCUAGCUUCACGGGCCGAGCCGAGCCAGGCUAUCCUGACCAGCUGCUAUGGCAUCGCCUUCUUUGCCACACCACACCAGGGCUCGAGUUAUUUAUUCGCAGAAGAGUAUAUGCCAAGUAUCGGUCAUUUGCUUCAUCUUGAGCAGGACAUUCCUGCCUCGCUAAGAGAGCAAUUCCGUCCCCGACAAGAGAAACUGUGGCAUCUCUCUAACCAGUUCAAAGCAUUGUCGGCGGAUAUGAAAGUCUGGUCAUUUCUGGAAACUAUUGACUCUACUCUGACUAUAUCGGAUGCGGAGCUUGGUAAUACCAUGGAAUUCCAUGCUCCUAUAACCUCCAUAAGAUCUGGAUUAUUGGACAUCGAACAUGAAAAGGAAACCCCUAUGGCGACAGACCAUGCCGGAACAGCAACCUUCGAAGGCCAAGAGGCGUUCCGCGACGCUUUCUUGAUCGAGCUAGCCGGUGCGGUCAAUUCAGCCGUGGAGCUUUCCGGUCACGAAGAUACUCCGUUGAACGUCGAACAGGCGGUAAUGGUGCAAAUUAACGGGUUCUUUGAGGAUGCUGCUCUGGGUGUCAGUGACGAUACUCCACUAAAGAUGUGGUCAACCCACGUGCCUUUAGAGGAAUAUCUGGCCAAGGGUCCAGGCGCAUGCCUCCGAGGGCGCUUGAAGCGUAUUCAGCCUCUUGGACUAGAUGAUUCCUCUCUAAGCAGUUUUGACAGCCGCCCUUCUUUUACACACCUCCCGGCAGACACGGAGAAUGAUGACCAUCCAGAAGACCAUGAAAAUCAGCAGGAAACUCACCAUACUGCUGCCAUGCCUAGAACUUCACGACCUCCUAUGCGACAAAUUCGCAGCUUCAUAGCGGGUGAAAAUCACUUUUCCCCAGAGAUCCAUAUCACAGAAGCAGGGAGGGAUGGGUAUUUCGAUCGCGAUCGUCCUACAAGCGAAAGUCCUCCGCCGCCGAUAGAGCGGAAACGGAAAACUUCGAUUGCCAAAGCGUUGGGUCUGACACAGCUGCGUGCUCACAGGCGCAAUACUUCUGAUGUUAGCUCACAAGGAAGCAGUUCACGUCCAGCAUCGAGCUCAACAUCGCCGCCGCAAAGCGCAGGGUUCUUAGCGAUUCCUGCUUCGACGCGGGAUCGUAUCAAUCAAAAUGCAGAUGCGCCGGAUAUACCUCGUUCAGUUCCUCGCUUUGAUCGGCCCGAGCCCGGCACUGAAAAGCUACUUUGGAUCCAUGUCCCCUAUACUCAUCCGGGAUGGGUAUCGCAAGUUAUUCGGCGGGCAUGUCAAGAUCGCCAUGAAGAAAAUUUCGUGAGAAAAUUCAUCAAUGACAAGAAUUGGUAUCUUAAUCUUAAUCGAGCUCGACAUUUGGAGCCGCAUGCUCGGUUUGUUCGGCCGCAAUGUAUCCAUGCACGCCAGAUGGAUGUCUCUCAAAGUCCGAAGGCCGGGGCAUCCGCAGAUCCCCAGCUGGCGCUUUAUACGCCCUACCUUCAUUGGGACACAUACCGCAACCUCAUACAGCGUCGCAAGGUAGUCGAGGAUAGACUACGACAGGGUCGCUCUCAUCCGGUCCCACCCCGAAUUGCUAAAUCCAGCCUUGAGGCCCAACUUAUCUGGCAGUACCUCGGUUGCGAGCCACCCAUUCAUUUUAGACGUACACUCGAUCAAUUCGGAUACCCAAAUCUACGGUCGACAGUGGCUCGAGAUGACGAUCAGAUGCUGUGGAAGCGCACGCGCAGACCGGCUCGUCUGGAUGAACAGCUUCGAGAGUAUCUUGACGCCGCAAGCGACGACCCUGAGGAAUCGGAGCCAGCGGAGUUCAUGGAUGGUAACGUACUAAUGGUUGAUCAGCUGUGGCUGUGGAUUGUUGACCAGAAGACCAUUGUGACGUUCUUCCCCAAUCAAGAAGCCACUACCUCCGAAGGCAAGCUUUUCGAGCAGUCGAAUCUGCAUAGCAGUAUCUAUAACGAGUUGAAUGGAGAUUUGGCGCGGCGAUUUGAAACAGCGGGUGAUCUUGCGGCCCUGAUCAUGUUGCAUGCUGUGACUGUUCUGCUCGAACGGACCCUCCAUCAUGAUCUGCAGGUUCUAAGAAUUUUCGAGGAGUCCAUCAGUAUUUUGACGGAAUCAGUGACCAAAUCCUUCAAGCGUUUUCGUAACCGCGGUUUUGCCAACAGACCUGCUGAUCAUGAUCGAACUGCCGAAGGAAGAUUUAUGACAGCUGCGCAACGAGAUCAACGAGAUCGCCAGUCGGCACGACGGAACCGAGAUGACUUGUCUGUUCUGCUGGAACUCCGGGAUAUCGAGGACGAGCUUUCGACUAUAAUAAAGCUUCUUGAUCAGCAAGAUACUGUCAUAAAGAGCAUGGUGAAAUAUUUCGAUCGAGAUGGUUGCGGGAAAAUGUUUCUUGAUGCUGCUCAGCUAAGGAUUGACGAAUAUCGAUCGCAACUCAGCGAGAUGAAAGAGAACAGCCACCUUGCUCAAAAAGCAGUGGAAACCUUGCUAGAUCUCAAGCAGAAACAGGCAAACGUUGACGAGGCCAAGAUGGCACGCUGGCAGGCAGAGGAGACGCAAAACCAAUCAAGAUCUUUGAUGGUUUUUACCAUCUUCACAGUAAUUUUCCUACCACUAUCUUUUUUCACGUCCCUCUUUGGCAUGAAUGCACGGGAAUGGAGUGAUCAAGAUACCAAUCUCCCACUGGGCGAGAUGUUUGCGAUUGCUGGCCCGGCAUCUUUUGCCAUCAUCGCUGUAGCCCUCCUAAUGGCAUUUAGCGAAAAGCUACGAGACUCCGUGAAUAAGUCUCGUAAGAUUGGCCACGGUCUAUGGAAAGACUUUGUUUCCAAUCCUGUCAAAAGCUUUCUACAUUGGAGUUCAAUCAAGGGUCUUAUGCCUUCUCUUAUGCCUGUCGAGGGUUCGAGAUUACGGAAACUAUUCGACCAGUAUCUAGGUUAUGAGCAGCAUCGGGUUAAGUUCGACGAAGAUUUUUGGAAACGAAGGCAAGGUGACAAGAACUCAGUCUUGGAGGUUGAAUGGAAGAACUACAAGCUUGCAAAUCACAGAACCGAGGAGUCUGAUUCAUUGGGCGAAACGAUGCGUGUGGUUCCAGUGUAA